GUCGUCAGCGAGCUGUCAGACCCGAGAGAGGAGGACUCGGUCCAGCAUCUCUGGAGCAGCGGAGCGGAGCGGAUGACUGAGACACAUUCAGGCUGAAAUGAGGAGCUUUUAGCUGAAUGUUUCCUCCACAAACUGGAUGUUUUAAAAGCUGGAUGUUUACAGACUGACCCUCCUCGUCUGCCGUAGAACCAGACUGGAGAUCUGACUUUAAUUCUAUCAAUGAGAUAAUGUGGAGUGGCUGAAAAACACAAGAUGAAGAAGCAGUUCAACCGAAUGAGACAGCUCGCCAACCAAACUGUGGGCAGGGCUGAAAAAACAGAAGUCUUAAGUGACGACCUACUACAGGUGGAGAAACGUCUGGAGCUGGUCAAGCAGGUUUCCCACAGCACUCAUAAGAAGUUGACCGCCUGUCUGCAGGGCCAGCAGGGCGUGGAGGUGGAGAAGAAGUCUGUCAGGUCGCCAUCGAAGAAGCUUCCUCUAACAACACUAGCGCAAUGUAUGGUGGAGGGGGCGGCGGUGCUCGGGGACGAGUCUCUACUAGGGAAGAUGCUGAAGCUCUGCGGCGAGACGCAGGACAAACUCGCUCACGAGCUCAUCUUGUUCGAGCUCACCAUCGAGCGGGACGUCGUCGAGCCGCUGUACGACCUCGCAGAGGUGGAAAUCCCAAAUAUCCAGAAACAAAGGAAACAUUUAGCGAAGCUGGUGCUGGACAUGGACUCAGCGCGAACACGGUUUUAUCAGUCCACCAAGUCUUCAGGACUGUCCAGCAACCUGCAGCCAGCGGGUGCAAAGGCCGACCACCAGAGGGAAGAGAUGGAGGAGGCAGCCAACCGCAUGGAGAUCUGUCGAGAUCAGUUAUCAGCAGACAUGUACAGUUUUGUGGCCAAAGAAAUUGACUAUGCAAGCUACUUCCAGACACUGAUAGAAGUGCAGGCAGAGUACCACAGGAAGUCAUUAGAGCUGCUUCAGAGCAUACUGCCCCAGAUCAAAGCUCAUCAGGAGACCUGGGUGGAGAAGCCGUGCUACGGGAAACCAUUAGAGGAGCACUUAGCGCUCAGCGGGAGAGAUAUUGCCUUCCCCAUCGAGGCCUGUGUCACCAUGUUGCUGGAGUGUGGCAUGCAGGAAGAGGGUUUGUUCAGAGUCGCUCCUUCGGCCUCCAAACUGAAGAAGCUGAAGGCGUCUUUGGACUGCGGCGUGUUGGAUGUUCAGGAGUACUCUGCAGACCCCCACGCCAUCGCAGGUGCUCUGAAGUCGUACCUGCGGGAGCUCCCUGAGCCGUUAAUGUCAUACGAGCUCUACAACGACUGGAUCCAGGCCUCCAACAUUCAAGACCAAGACAAGAGGCUGCAGGCUCUCCUCAACGCCUGUGAGAAACUCCCCCCAGCCAACAACAACAACUUUAAGUAUUUGAUCAAAUUCCUCUCCAAACUGACUGAUGACCAGGACGUGAACAAGAUGACGCCUGGAAACAUCGCGAUUGUCCUCGGACCGAACCUGCUGUGGAUGCACGACGAAGGCAGCAACAUCACAGAGAUGAUGACCACGGUUUCCCUGCAGAUCGUCGGCAUCAUCGAGCCCAUCAUCCAGCACGCCGACUGGUUCUUCCCUGGAGAAAUCGAGUUCAACGUCACGGGGAACUACGGAAGCCCGGUGCACACCAACCACAACGCCAACUACAGCUUGAUGCCGUCUCCGGACAUGGAGCAGAUGGAGCGGAAGCAGAACGACCAGAGUCGGCGGCCGCUCAGCGUCGCCACGGACAACAUGAUGCUGGAGUUCUAUAAGAAGGACGGCAUUAGGAAGAUACAAAGCAUGGGUGUCAGGGUGAUGGACACUACUUGGGUGUCGCGCAGGGGCUCAUCUUCUUCGCGUAAAACCUCUUCCACGCCACCGAGCGUGCACUCCACUUUCCCGCCCACUGACGCUCUCGUCCCCGAACAGACUGUUGGGGAUUUCUCUGCCUCCCCCUCCCCCACCCCUCCUCCCACUAACAGCGACCGAGCCAGCUCAGACGAUGCAUCCUCCAAUUGGUCGGACUCCUGUUACGCCUACCCCUCCCCCGAGGAGGAGAGGCCGCCUCCCCCUUACCCCUCUUCCUCCUCUUCCUCCUCUUCUUCCUCUUGCUCUUCCUACUCGCUCCCUCACCACCACUUCUACACCCGAGCACCUCCGUGUUUGCGUCCCGUCGCUCCCAACCCCGAGUCCGUGCCCCCCGGCCCGUCCCCUCCCUCACGCCGCUGCGGCUACAGCCCGCCCCCGCUCCCCCACCCCCUCUGCCCGUCCCCUCAGCCGCUUGACGUCAACUCCAACCCCAAACCCAGCUCCUUGCACCUGCCCAAACAGGCCUCACUGGCCGACGCUUCGCAUGCGGCCCCGUCCGAAGCGAAUGGCUCCACCCUUUACAUCAAACCCCCGCUCGUUCUUACUCGCCACGAUCUGUUCCUGGGCUCCCCCAAACCUCCCAACACCCCCCUAUCUGCUCCCCCUCCAUGGGCCGCCUGUGCCUGUAGCCGGGAGAGAGGAGCCAAGCUGACUAGUACUCUGAAGAACAAGGAGCUGUCUCCAGUGAUCGGACAGAAGGGACUCCAGGGGACGAUGACCUCUAGUGGACAAUGUGAUCACAGCCCUCUCACCCUGAGGAGAGCAAAGAAGCUGGCCCCGAUCCCCCCUAAAGUCCCGUACUGCCAGUCAGGAGCCAUGUCGGACCAGUCGACAGGUCAACCGUCUCCAGUCAGCCUGUCGCCGACUCCUCCCAGCACCCCGUCCCCGUACAGCUUCAGCUACCCGCAGGGAUACGCCACCAUCGGCUCCCCGGGACAGAUCCAGAUGGCCACCACCCCGUCUCUCUCCUCUCCGCCCUCGCUGGCCGGGACUCUCACCAAGGCCAGGCCGACCCCCAAGCCGCCCCGGCAGAGGCCCAGCUUACCUCCUCCUCAGCCCCCCAGCACGCCCGGCACCAGUCCCCAGCCUCUGGACCACUCGACGGGCCUCCUGGAUGGUUUGUCUCCCGGGGAAAGCAUGUCCACAGAUUCUCUCUGCAACUUGGACAUCCCCGUCAUUGACGUGGAACUGGACGGUAUUUUUGACUUUCCUCACAUCUCCCCCUUCAGGAACUCAGUGGCGCUGCUCGAAUCCACCAACAACAGAGCCGAGUCGGAGGAAGAUUGCGAGAGCACGGCGCUAUGACGCCACUGAGUCCCCCCACCCCCCCCUCCGCCUCAUCCUCAUCCUCAUAAUGUUAGCUGAUUAAAUGAAACACAACGCUGCACCAUCUCGCUCAAAACCCCCCAACACACUCUGGAUCUCAUCGCCACGCCGACCCUGAGCAACUUGUAAAAACUUUGAGAAAAUAACACCCAAAAAAAAAAAAGAAAUCACACGAGGGAACGUUUGAUCAGACACACAGUUUUAUUUAAUUUAAUGUUUUAUGUUUCUUUUGGCCUUAUUUGAUUCACUUGCAAUAUUGCCUUUAACUUCACACACGAGACUGGAAACAGGCCGCUGGGAGGAACGAGUGCUCGUCGUCAUCGUCGCUGCUGCUUCUCAUGAGUGAAUUUUAAGAAGGAAGACCAACACGGUACCGUACAUCUGUCCUGCCAACGCUUGCUUCUUCUUCUUUUGUUUAUCUGCUCCCUCAUUCCUCAGGGGUAUCAGUUGAAAUGCCUCGCUCUGGCACGUGGUGGCAACAACCCCGCCCACCCCCGAUAUUUCUGUCCCACCUGAGCGUUCACUGUGAGUGUGCCAGUAUGUCGUGUGUGUGUGUUUAUAUGUGUUUGGUAAUUGUACUGUAUGAUGAUGUUGCACUGUUGGUGUCGUGGAGCAUAAACAGGAAUGCAUGUUUUAGAGAUUUUAGGAAAAUAACUACGAGGUUGCAAAGAGGUUAAAAAACGCCCAAUCACACUUUUCUCUCAUCAAUCACUGAAUAUUUAUUGUUUAUAUUGUACAAUUUCAGAGUAUAUGAUACAAGUAACAUUAUAAAUCAGAUCAGAUCAUAUUUUGUAUCUACAGGAGAGCUAUUAAAGACACCGUUUCCUCCAGAUAGAACACAGUAGAUGCUGUCAGGGAGCUGUUAAACAUAUGAGAUACAUAUAUAGGUACAAAAAGGAAGGGUUGUAAGCUCAUUUUUCCAUGUUGAGUCACUUCAGCUUCAAGAGCGUGGAGCUGAAUCCACAGAGAGACUACGAUGCCUGGAGUGUGCCACCAGAACAUUUUCUCAAAUUAAUAAUUAUUAAUGAUUGUCCAGCUUGUUAUAUUUUGGCCAAUCAGAGCUCCUGUUGCUGCUCUGUGGGUUUCUUUAAAGGUGUCCUGUGGAGUUUUCUUAUAAAAGCCCAGACACACCAACCCGGCAUCAGAGAACUAGCGGCGACGAAGGCCACCUGUUGCGUCGCCUCACAUCGCCUUUGUUUUGGCUGAUGAAGUUGCACUCGAAC